UUUGUUUAUUUUCCUAUAUAAAUUAGUUAUUUUUUGAGUCAACACAUCAAGGUCUCUAAGCAUGAUUUCAAUAAUUUAUAUGCACUAGUCCUUAAUAUUGCUGAACAUCCCAUACAACCCCCCCCCUUCUACCGGUUAAGUGGCUUUACCCGACUUGCAGAUAUGUGUUUGCAGGGGAAUUACCCUUACCUACUGAUAGACUUCUAGUCUACUCCAUUUAUUCACUGACUGUCUUUUCACUGAAUCCUUAUUUGUACGUUAGUAGUGAGCAUGCCUAAAACUAUAUUGGGAUGACAACUUGUCAUAUACAUGUAUGUUCAUAUAAAUCACGACGUAGAUAUUACUUGAAAAAAUAGAAAUAAGCGAUUAUUUUGCUUAUAAAAAAAGCCAAACAUCACAGAGGCAAAAAGAGUCAUUCUCUAAGCUAAAAUGCAACUUAUCAAGAACUUUAGUCAAGCAGUACUGUUCGGACACAUUCUCAAUUGACUCCAUGAGGUCAUGAAUGUGUCAGACGUGCCACUGCAACACUGGUAUAAUACACAGUUGUCAUAACAGAGAACAAUACACAAUCAUUUGAUGCUCUGCAUUCUAUUCAAUAUUUUUCAGCUUGUUUGACUUAUAUAGUCCAAAUACACCCGUUUACGUCUAAAAUCCUCUGAGAGUGGUGGUACUACACCAGGGUAGGCCUAUAUGCUCAUGGUGACAAGACUUAUAGCCCUUUGUGUCGUCGUACUGACCAGAUUACAGCAUUGUUAACGGCGGAUCCAACUGCCGUAUUGUUCUGAACCAACCAUCCGAUCGACCUCAACGGAGUGCGACAUGCAAGUCUGGCAGCCUUAUUGAGCCAAUGAACUUAUAGCAAAAGAGAGCCACGUCACCGGGAGGCGCCGCCUCGCAUUGGACGGCUCAGCAAUAACCAGGCAAAAAGCAAAGUGUCUGUUGUCUGGUAACUUACCACUGGUGGAGAGAGGUGCCGAUUUUGAGGAGCACUCGUCGUUUGGAGAUCAGAGGGGCAGGAGUUACACAGUCUGCGAUGCCAUAGCCUCUUCACUCCUCGUCUGUGAUCAGUCACUCUGCUGUCUGUCAUCACUAAAUUUUUUAUCAGCCACUCAACAUUGCAGUCUUUCGAAAUCAACUGUCAUCGACUGGAGUCUGAAGCGCAAGAAAGCUGUGAAUGAACCAUGGGAGGCAGUAAGCGCAGAGACGAAAUGUUGAUCGCCUCGAAUGCUGAGGACGAGAACGGCUACGGAAGCGUGGACAACGCUAACGACACACAAAGACACCUGGUGAGACAUCAGGUGCUUCAGCGGGCCAGGAACCGUCUACUCGUUGCUGCUAUCUUGAGCCUUGUGGUCAUGAUCGCUGAGAUAGGAGGAGGCUAUCUGGCGGACAGUCUUGCAGUGGUAACGGACGCAGCGCACAUGCUGGUGGACUUUCUAGGUUUCAUCAUAGCACUACUGGCCAUCUGCUUAGCGAGGAAGCAGCCCAGUCAGAGACUUACACACGGCUGGCACCGCGCAGAGAUCCUAGGAGCCCUAUUCUCAGUGUUAAUCAUUUGGGUCAUGACGGGGGUGCUUAUCUACUUUGGAGUCAAACGGGCAAUGGCAGACCGUUUACAAAUCGACUCCAACAUCAUGAUCAUUACAGCAUCCAUCGGGUUGGCAAUCAACUUUGUUUUGGGCUUCAUACUAAAUUUCACAUGUGACGGUGGGAGCUGUAAGCCCACUGUGGCUGCAUUCGGAGCGACGGACACGGAACACCAGAGCGUGAAUUUACGAGCUGCCACGCUCCACGUCAUCGGUGAUAUCCUCCAAAGUCUCAGCAUUCUGAUUGCAGCAAUCAUCCUUUAUUUUCGUCCGGACCUGACCAUCAUUGAUCCAAUUCUUACCAUCAUAUUCAGUGUGUUUGUGUUCCUAACCACAUGCAGACUGUUUCGAGAUAUCAUAUUGAUACUCAUGGAAGCCAAGCCGCCCUCUAUUGACUACGCUGAUGCUCGUCGCCGAUUGGUUGAGAUUGACGGCGUAGAGGGCGUCCACUCUCUACGUAUAUGGUCUUUGACCAGUGGCGUUCACGUCAUCACUGUCCACCUUGUUAUUGCUUCGCUGUACGAUGGCGAGCCGGUCAACGCCCGCAGUAUCUUGAAGGAGGCCCGCCACAUCUUGGAGACCAAGUACGGCGUGCUGUACUCCACAGUGCAAGUUGAAUACAGUGACGACGGAAUGGCUUUCCUGUGCGCCCGGACUCCUGGCCCGUCUGAUUAAUUCAGGCUCCAAGGUGCUCUAUUGCAGUAAACCCUCAAGCGCCCUCUAAUCGGACGUACGCGAACAGCAAAGCACGAUCUCACGUGCGCUGCUAUAUGCACACGAUUUUAAACUAACUGGGGUUCCGUGUACUUCAUGUUAACAGUGAGUAGUAACCACAGCAAACAGCACGCUUACCUUGGAGGGAAAAAACAUGCUCAACGUAGUGGCAACAUUAGGCACGCGCAAGCUAUUGACCAUGCCAAGCGUGGAACACGCACUCACAGUAAGCCAAGUUUUCUGCAACAGCAAGCCCGACUUUUCUGGCAAAUGUUAGGCAGCGCCACGAUAUUGGGUUUGUCGUAGACCUUGUUUUAAGUAAAAUAAUCAUCGACAAAUGUUUAUUCAGGAAAAUAUUACUUUUUGGACAUUGUUUGCCAGCACUGUCACCUCAAAUUGGUGUUUGACAAAGCAGAAGCCAUCCUUGUCAAAGAAGAAAACAGUAUGUUCUUUCCUGAAAUAUUCUACUACGCAGGUCAGUAAAAUGCUCUUAAGUGGUAGGCUUAGCCCUUAAGAAGGGAUGGCAUCCAAAGUACAACCAUGUUCCUAGCUCUAUGGUACAACUAGAAAAUUUCGUGACUGCGACCAAACUCAGUACAGUGGGUCAGCUUCUUUCUGCAUGCUUAACUUUUUCUCCUAAUUUGUUUUCGACGUUCUUUUUGACAGCUGUCAUCAAAAUUGAGGCAUGAUGUGCAUGCAAAAUUGAUUGACAUCAUUUUAUUUAUUACGCCAUUCUAACUAACACAUUAUCAAUUUGGUGCCAAAUAUUUUUUUGUACUUACAGUUAAGCUUAAGCUUGACAGUUAAGCAAGUUCCCCAAACCUUCAAGUAAAAUAAAUUAAUGUAAGUAAUGUAGCAAGUUCCCAAAAUCUUCAAGUAAAAUAAAUUAAUGUAAAUAUGUACAUGUAUGUAGCUCCUGUUUUGAAGUUUCAAUGUUAGUCAGGUAAGACUCCUGUUGACACUGCAUGCAUUUGGCAUUAUUCUUGGCUGCUGUUAAUGACCAUGUGCCGGAAAUUGGGGGGAGUGGAAUUAUGUGUGUGUGGGGGGGGGGUGAAUUGCCCGGCUGAGGAAUUUCGAAAAGUGGUGGUGAUGGUCGUGUGUGCCAGGGGAGGGGAGGGUGCCGAAACCACGUGGGCAGUGUUCCUCUGUUUGACGAAACAGAGUUAAGCCCAUGCGAACGGCAGCCAGAUUACUGCUCUUCCACCUGAGAAAGAGUGAGACAAUAAUACCAAUUUUAAGGCCCUGAAAUAUUGUGCUGAAGUUUAAAGACGAUUUUGGUGUUUUUGUGCAUUGUGUUUUUGUGCUUUUUCAAACGGUAGAGAUUAAUUACUUUGGAAAACAUUACGCCAAUUUUCAUUGCGGCCAUGAGCAGACGGGUGUGUUUACGGGCAUCUCAUAAAUUUUGACCUCAAAAUACAAAUUAUAUUCUUCAAACUCUUCAGCAAAGAUAGCCAGAGUAAUAACACAGGAAGCAAACUUUGUCACUUAUCAAAAUACGCAUAUAAAUGAUUUACCGCGUAACAUGCAGGUGUUCCACAAUGUGGUUCGUAAGUGACUUCGUUAUACACGCGGACGCGCCCCGAUUUGCAGGCUCCCAUUGGACGAUCGCUAAAGUUGCG